UACGAUUAUCACGCAGUUUUCAUGGCGCUUGUGGGCGAGGAAUUCCUCGAACUGAUGUUUUAUUGUUGUUGAGUUCUUUGUUUUGAUGUGUGUUCCACAUCUCCGAAGAACCACCGUUUCCGUUCUCUUUGAUAGACUAUAUGUCGCUUCUUUCCGACAUACUACUACACUCCUUACCAUAGCACAGCGGAUCUUGUUCUCUAGCAUUGAUGGUUGGUUUUGUUUUCCUUUGAUUCCCCCCUUGUCGAAGCAUUUGAUUCUUUCUAGGGAGACCCUGGACAGUGGCAUUCUCCCGUCUCACUAUCUCUGCUCUCUGGAUUGCAGGUUCUUCGAUCUCGGCCUUGAAAAAGCUUUCGAUUCUACCCUUAAAGCACGUACCAUGCAAUAUCGCUGCUUUGGGGCCGCGUCGGAGCCGAUCGAUCGACUGCAUAAACUACAGCCUUCCCCCUGCAGAUACUCGCUGCGUGUAACGCCUUAUGUCCCGGUCCGGCAGGGUGUCGUCAUUCUGCUUCGAUAUGGUCACGAUCUUCCAUACUGGUGGUAAGUAGAACUAAAAUGUUGGCUGCAGCCUGGAUUCCGAUUCCUUCCUGUGCGCUUGCUCUAUACAGAUGCAGCUAUCUCUGUGAGAGUCAUACAUGAGCAGCACUCUGUAUAGAAUAUACAUCAUGAAUGAUUAUUUGAGGGUAUAUAUACCGGCUGUUCUGGCUUGCGCCCGGUUUCCUUUACGCGGUUUACUGAGUAUGGCCCCGAAUCCCCAGC